AUGGCCUCAGGGGCAGCUGAAAAGAAGACCGAAAAGUCUUACUUGAGCUCUGCUGUCGACUCCAUUAAUCCCUGGGCCAGUAGCCGCAGUACAACUCCUACUCAGAAGGCCAAGCCGGAGGAAGCUCGACCAGCUCCUGUUCCUUCAAAUCCUGACGACCAUGCUACGACGCAUCUCUACGGCCAAAGCUUCAAAUCAUAUCCUGCAGGAUGCCCGCCUUUAAGAGUCCAGUGGUUUCACGCCGUCGACGUUCCUAAGCGGAAGCCUCAGUUGACCUCCCUUAGCCGUCCAGCACAACCUGAAAAGCCGGCAACGCGGCCAAAGAAGCAUUCCGCAUUUUCUUCCUCCGAUUCCAAGGCCUUGGAAGGAGAGUAUCAGAAGCUGUUGGAAGCGAUGGAGGACGCUCGGAGCCAGACUCCAGGUGCUCGUCUACCCUCAAGAAAGAGAAAAGCAGAUGCGACUGGCGACAUGUCGGAGAAGGCCCUUGACCAAGAGGAUUCUAAUUCCAGUGCCGUUCGUGUUCCCGUGAAUGAAGACUUUCUCUUUGAUGUCGACAUCGAAGCUCGAGAACUGGCUCCUGUUUACUGGCUGGGUCCAGUUUAUGAAGUACUGCGAGGAACUUGGUUCUAUCAAGAUAGCUCGACAUUACGUCCUUGCGAGGAAAACCUUGCUGCACAACUUGAAGAGGGCUACCUCAAGACGAAGCCAUGGCAAUAUGCUGGUAGAGGUCGUAGCCCAUCGGGUGCGAGAAAAAACAUUACCCCAAAAGCAUCGCGGGAAAAUCUCAAGUCAACAGCCUCAUCCCGGUCAGCGAGCGCGACUCGCUUGAAGGAGCAUAAUGCCCCUGCUGCUAACGCUGACUCCCAAGGCCAAUCGCAACCCCAAAGCUAUCGACUCUUCGGGACCGGUGGGAGCUACAUGAGCGGGGUGAAGCUCGUCCGUGGGUAUUCUGAGCCCAGUAAAAGCAAGGACAAGGACAAGGACAAGGAUAAAGACAAGGGCGAUGAAAGCCAAUCAACCGCUGCCGAUGAGGCCCUCUCGCUGGACGAGAAGCAACAGAAGAUGUUGAAGCGAAGAUCGGCGCCUCCGUCGACCCGUGCCUCCCAUGACGAACCCGCCCAGAAUGACGAGCAGAUCAAGACGGAGAGGGACCCUCGACAAAUCAGACUGCAGCGUCAGCUAUCGUCACUCAUUGAGAGUGAGGGGAGGACCAAGGCUGAAACGGAAGAAGAGAUCCGACGGCGCGAAGAACAGGAGAUACAAGACGACUACACUGCCCAGGCCGGUGAGACUCAGGGACGUGAGAUAGAACACCUGGUGCUGGUGACCCAUGGAAUCGGCCAACUUCUCAGCCUUCGUAUGGAAAGUGUCAACUUUGUCCACGACGUUAAUAUCCUCCGCAAAACCAUCAAAUCCGUGUAUGCCAACUCAGCAGACCUGAAGGCCUUGAACUCGGAGCUUGGCCCCGGACCAGGAAACAGUCGCGUACAGGUACUCCCGGUAUGCUGGAGGCAUCUUCUGGAGUUCCCAAGAAAGCGCCAGAAGAAGGGUGAGCGCGACCUAGGCGACAUUGACGGCGACGAGGAUGAAUACCCAUCCCUGGACGACAUCACUAUUGAAGGGGUGGCCUUUGCCCGUUCCCUCAUAUCUGACCUUGCUUUGGAUGUGUUGCUCUAUCAGAGCUCUUACCGUGACCAAAUUGCGAGGAUUGUACUCAAUGAGUGCAACCGCAUUUUCAAGCUAUUCAAGGAACGAAACCCAGAGUUCAAGGGAAAAGUGCAUCUGAUGGGCCAUUCCUUGGGUUCUGCGAUCCUUUUCGAUCUUCUUUGCCAACAGAAGCAAGAUCGCCCUACUGAGCAUAAGUCUUUGUUGCGUCUGUGGCCGAUGCAGGAUCGGACAGAGUCGUCAAGCAAAACUACAGAGCUGGAGCUCGACUUCAAUGUUGAUGACCUAUUCUGCUUGGGCUCGCCGGUUGGUCUUUUUCAGAUGCUUAAGGGACGGACUAUAGCCGCGAGACCUCGCCUUCAAUCCGUGAGAGCCAAGGACCCCCAGAGUAUGGAUUGUGAUGAAGAUGUGCUCCGCACAAACCCACUUGGGUCGGGGACAGAGCAAAUAUCCCCAGUGACCGGUCUGCCCGGGACUGUCGCGUCGCCCAAGGUUCAACAGCUCUUUAACAUAUUCCAUCCAUCAGACCCCAUUAGCUAUCGCCUUGAGCCUCUGAUAUCACCAUCCAUGUCAACAUUGAAGCCUCAAUUGCUACCCUACACGAAGAGGGGAAUAUUCAGCAAUGUUACACCACAAGGGCUGACCGGGAUCGGAACCAUGGUUGGGCAGAGCGUCAGCGGAUUGUGGUCGAGUCUGAGUGCAGGCAUUGCUAGUAACCUGCUCAACCGAAGUCUCGGUAUCAAUAGCGAAGAGAUGGCCAGGAUAACUGCCAACGCGUCGCGGGGAGAAUCACAGACUCUCGAAGGCGCCGGAUCGAAGACUCUGGCGAGUGGUGAUACUCCCGAUGCUGAGAAGCGAGUGGCUACAGACGCGCGCAUGAAGAAGCUCGCUGACUCUGCGACCAAUGUUUCGGACUUUGGGUCUGGCCUGAGCGACCACAGCCCGACGUUGAUCGAUGACGAGCUGGAGACCUUGUAUUCCAAAUUUCAGAAAAGCCUCUCUAAAGAAGGGGAGACGACUACCACGUCGGACGAAGAUAAGAAAGCUCGCAAGCUGCGUAAGGAAGAAGGAAAAGUUCGAGCACUCAAUCGCAAUGGCCGAGUCGACUACAGUAUCCAAGAGAGCGUCCUGGACUUCAACCCAAUCAAUACAAUCGCCUCACACAUGUGCUAUUGGGCUGACGAGGAUGUAAACCAUUUCGUCCUCUCCCAGAUGCUGUCGAAUCGAUUGAGGCGGAAGUCUGAAUCCUAA